AUGACGGCCGCCACAGCCAACGCCAAUAGAUCAUUCCCUCUCCAUCCAUUCUCCACGAAUCCCCUUCUCACACGAGACGAUGUCGUUGCUGCUGUCGCCUCUUUGUUGGAUCCAUUGGCAGGUGGAGAUUCUCCCAAACAUGCCAUGAUCAAGGUUGGCAGCUCUGGCACGAGGUUUGACGAAACCGCCGCCCAGGUUGAGGGUUACGCCCGUCCGCUUUGGGGCCUGGCGCCAUUGCUUGCAGGAGGUUCCAAAUAUGCAGGCACUGAUCGUUUUGUACAGGGCAUCAUCGCCGGCACUGACCCAGACAGCGAUGAGUUCUGGGGUUUCAUGGAGGAUCAGGACCAGAGGAUGGUGGAGGCAUGCCCCAUCGGGUACACGCUCGCCAUUGCUAACAAGGACUUUUGGGAUCCCUUGACUGACAAGCAGAAGAAGAAUAUCGAGUCUUGGCUAGGGAGCAUGAAUGAUAAAGACAUGCCUAAUACCAAUUGGCUAUGGUUCCGCGUCUUUGCAAAUCUCGGUCUGGCCAAAAACGGUGCCGCAUGGUCCAAGGAGAGGGUCGACGCCGACAUCAAACAGCUAAACACGUUCUACCGCGGCGAUGGAUGGUCCAACGACGGGCCCGAGGGCUACAGACAGAUGGACUACUACUCGGGCUCCUUCGCGAUCCAAUACCUCCAGCUCCUGUACGCCAAGCUGGCCGCAGAGACCGACCCAGAGCAGGCCGAAGAGUACAAGAACCGCGCACGACUCUACGCGCAGGACUUCGUCCACUACUUCGCGCCGGACGGCCGCGCCAUCACCUUCGGCCGCUCACUGACGUACCGGUGGGCGAUGGUCGCCUUCUGGGGCGCCGUGGCCUUCGCAGACGUCGAGCUGCCCGCGCCGCUGUCCUGGGGAGCCGUCAGGGGCAUCUGGCUGCGCAACCUGCGCUGGUGGACGACGCAGAAGGACAUCUUCCAGCCCAACGGCAUGCUCACGAUCGGCUACUCGUACCCCAACUACUACCUCGCCGAGAACUACAACUCCCCCGGCUCCCCGUACUGGUGCAUGCUUGCCUUCGCGCCGCUCGCCGUCCCGGAAUCCCACCCCUUCUGGAGCGCGCCCGAGGAGCCCCAUCCGUACGCGGGACAACGCGUCGUGCGUCCGCUGUCCCACCCCCGCCAGAUCGUCAUCAACAGCGGCGGCCACUCCUUCCUGCUCUCCAGCGGGCAGUCGUGCCACUACCCGCUCAAGGCGACGCAGGCCAAGUACGGCAAGUUCGCAUACAGCUCCGCGUUCUCGUACAGCGUGCCGACGGGGUCCUACACGCUGGAGCAGUUCGUGCCGGAGUCGUCGCUCGCGCUGUCCGACGACGGCGGUGAGCUGUGGAAGAUGCGGCGCGCGCUCCACGGCGACUCGGAGAUCGAGCACCACGACGACGGCGUCCCCGUCCUCGUGUCCCGCCAGAAGCCCUGGCCCGACGUCGACGUCCUGACAUACCUCGUGCCGCCCGCUGAGGACACGCCCAACUGGCACCUCCGCGUCCACCGCGUGCGCACCGGCCGCGACGUCCAGACCGCGGAGGGCGCCUUCGCGAUAUACGGGUGCCGGCAGUCGGACGGCAGGAACCUGGGCGAGCUCGACGAGUCGACGUCGGAGGGCGGGGUCGCGGAUUUCAACAGCGCGUUCGCGGCGUCGAGGUCUGGCGCCGUGGGCAUCGCGGAGCUGUGGCGAGGGAAGAGGGAAGGCGAGGUGCUGCUCGCAGACGCGAAUUCAAACCUCGUCGAGGCGCGCUCCGUGCUGCCGACCGUCCAUGCGGAUAUCAAGGCCGGGCAGACGGAGUGGCUCGUCACGGCUGUGUAUGCGCUACCGGCGAGCGUCGAGUGCUGGAAGGACCAGUGGAAGGCUGGGUGGGCUAAGAAGCCCGUCGUGCCCAAGUGGCUCCAGGACAAGAUCUCCGGGCGCUGGGAUUAG